AAUUUAUUUCUAAGGAAGAAAACUGAUUAAUCAUCCUCUCUCAAAUCUUUUGGAGUUAUGAUGAUCCAAUGAAAACAAUAUGAUUCUCAAAUGCUCUUGUGGGAGAUAAUGGAUGUUUUUCUAUUAUUAUUAUUAAACUUUCAUCUAUGAUUGUCCUAUUAUUUGCUGUCCCUUUUUCACUUCUCAAGAACCUUUCUUUCUUGGGAAAAAGUUUUAUGUUUUUAUGAUAAAUCUGAUCCAAAGAUUUUGUUUUUAUUACCUGGGUUUUGUUGUUUUCUCCCGUCCCAUGUGUCUGGCUUCUUCCCAAUAGCUUCAAACAUUGACCAAGUUUGUUCCUUUGUUCUCUCUCUCCCUCGUUUUCAACGACGACUCUGACUUUCCAAGAUUAUCUCUGAUCGAAAUCUCCACAAGAAGAACUCUGAUCUCCAAUCUCUUACAGGAUGGGUUCUUUCAAAGGUCAUGCUCUGCCAGGUACGUUGUUCUUUGUGGUUGGAGUAUGGCACAUAUGGAGCUCUGUGGUUCGCUUCGUAUCCAACCCCAACUCAUUUCGUGUUCGAGUUUGGCACCCUGUCCCUGGUUUCAACGGUAGGAUCAAGUACUUGGAGCUUUACGUUGUCACCAUUGGCUCACUCAUUGACUUGUGCAUCGAGUUCUUCUACUCCACUCAUCUCCACUUCUUUGUCAAUGGUGUCUUGAACCCUUCCCACAUGAACGACUUCGAGCACUCUGGGAUGCUUCUCAUGUUCUUCAUCCUCGGUUUUAUCGCUUUGCUCUCCGAGAAAACCAGGUUGCUUCCUCUGCCACAAGAAGCUCUGUGUUUAAUAGCUGCAACAGCUUUUACAGCAGAAGGUCUUCUCUUCUUCUUCCACUCCACAAGCCACAAAGGUCUUGAAGGUUAUUACCACCUCCUCCUCGUCUUUCUUGUCGGUCUCUGCGUCAUCUCCUCGAUCGCAGGAGCAAUCUGCCCUACAAGCUUCCCAGUAGAUCUAUGCAAUGGCAUUGCAAUGACUCUUCAAGGCCUCUGGUUUUACCAAACAGCCUUCACUCUCUAUGGCCCUAUGAUGCCUCAAGGGUGCGGUUUAAAAGGAAACUCUGUCGUUUGCAGAUCAGUUGAUUCUGUAGUCUCUGGAGAGUUUCUGGCUAAUUUUCAGCUCUUCUCUUUGGUUCUUGCUGUUCUUGCCUGCGUUGUGGGUUCUUAUGUUUUUGCAGCUUCAAGAUUUGGAACAAGUAAAUGAGAUAUUUUUGGCAAGUAGAAACUAGGUUUUUUUUGUUACA